AUUCCCCAGCAGGGGCCUACCCAGUCUGACUUAGGGUAUAUGCUGGGGAAGGCGGGGGCUCUCCUAUCACCCACCCCCAGAGGUGGGGGCUGGGCCCUGGACUACCACUGCUGGUGAACAAGGUCUGAAGCAACGUGGCACAGGCAAAACACAUGGCCUCAGAUGGGCAAGGGGGCUGGGUGCUCAGUGCUUGGAGAUGGGGUCAUGUCUGCACCUGCCCCAGUCGCUUGGCAGAUUGGCAAGGCAGGCUGGCAGGGCCUGUGUGUGUGGGAGGCAGCCGGCAGCAGUGCCAUGUGCUGACACCUCACAACCAGACUCCCCCCCCAUUUAGUGCUGAGUGUUAGAACCACCCCCAGAACCUCAGUUAAGCAAAGGGGUUAGUUUCCAUGGAGACACAGCAUCCUUUCUCCAUGGCAACCUGAAAUCCCCAAAUCCAAGUUAGGUUUAGGAAUGAGUCAUCUGUGACCAGUAGGGGGCAUGCUCUCACAAAGCUGACCUCCAAGGCCUGGGCAGUUGAGUAGUUGACCACUGGGCUUAAAGGUGCCCCAGGGGUGAGGCUUGGGCCUGUGGGGAGGAGUCGGCCCUGUUUAACCCCUUCCUUCCCUCCCACCUGUGUGGCUUGAGGUGACUGGCAAGGCUGUGGGAAGAUCUCUGUGGAGGUGGUGGCAGCAGCCCCACAGCUGGGGUUCUCAGAGUGGUACUUGCAUGGAUAGAUGCCUGCCCCACAAGGCUGGGGCCAGGACAGAGAUGAGGCAGGCACUGCCCAGGCUGAGUGGCACACAAGAGUUAACUGGCGGGCGUGACAGGGUGUGCCGCCCUCAGGAAGUGUUACUCACCAUCGGGAAUGUGAGUGCUCUUGCCUUGGGGGCGGGCUUGUCUUUCUGAGUCCCAGGAGAAACCGAAGGAGCGCCCCGCCAUGGAAACCCCUGGGGAGCCAGGAGCAGGCCCUCUCGGAGCCCCCAGCCCAUCCAACUUUGCACCUGGGCACCUGGAGAGAGAAAAGCCAGCCCAGGACCCGCUAUACGAUGUGCCCGACGCCAGCGGGGGGCAGGCAGGUGGGCCCCAGCGGCCGGGACGCACUGUGAGCCUGCGGGAGCGCCUGCUGCUCACACGGCCUGUGUGGCUGCAGCUGCGGGCCAACGCCGCGGCUGCACUGCACGUGCUGAGGACGGAGCCCCCUGGGACAUUCCUGGUGCGGAGGUCUAACACUCGCCAGUGCCAAGCUCUGUGCGUGCGGCUGCCUGAGGCCAGCGGCCCCUCCUUCGUCUCCAGCCACUAUAUCCAGGAAAGCCCUGGGGGAGUCUCCUUGGAGGGAUCUGAGCUUGUCUUCCCGGACCUGGUCCAGCUCAUCUGCUCCUACUGCCACACCCGGGACAUCCUUCUCCUCCAGCUGCAGCUCCCCAGAGCCAUCCGCCAGGCAGCCACCCAUAAGGAGCUGGAAGCCAUCUCCCAUCUGGGUGUUGAGUUUUGGAGCUCCUCCCUCAACACCAAGGCUCCGCCGGGCCCAACUGAAGGCCCGCUGCUGCCCCGGCUGAAGCCCCGGUCCCCACAGGAGCUGGACCAGGGCACCGGCGCCGCCCUGUGCUUCUUCAACCCCCUGUUCCCUGGCGACCUGGGCCCCACCAGGCGGGAGAAGUUCAAAAGGAGUUUCAAAGUGCGCGUGUCCACAGAGACCUCCAGCCCUCUGUCUCCCCCUGCCGUGCCUCCUCCCCCAGUCCCCGUGCUGCCAGGGGCAGCCCCCAACCAGACAGAAAAGUUGCCCCCUCGUCAGCUGCUACGGAGGGAGAGCUCGGUGGGGUACCGUGUGCCAGGGGGCGCUGGCCCCAGCCUCCUGCACCUGCCCUCCCUCCAGGAGGUAGACUGUGGCUCCCCCAGCAGCUCAGAGGAAGAGGGGCUGCACAGGCCCCAGGGGAGUCCAGCCACCUCGCCCCGCCUGGGCCGCCGGAGGCGGCCUUUGCUCCGGUCCAUGAGUGCUGCCUUCUGUUCCCUGCUGGCGCCCGAGCGGCAGGUGGGCCGGGCAGCCGCUGCGCUAAUGCAGGACCGCCACACGGCCGUGGGCCAGCUAGUGCAGGACCUACUGACCCAGGUGCGGGCCGGCCCCGAGCCCCAGGAGCUGCAGGGUGUCCGUGAGGCUCUGAGCCGGGCCCGGGCCAUGCUGAGCAUGGAGCUAGGCCCUGAGAAGCUGCUGCCGCCCAAUAGGCUGGAACACGUCUUGGAAAAGUCACUGCAUCGCUCGGUACUCAAGCCUCUCCGGCCCAUCCUGGUGGCCCGCCUGAGGUGCCGUCUUUCCGCCGAUGGCUCCCUGGGCCGUCUGGCUGAAGGCCUCCGCCUGGCCCGGGCCCAAGGUCCUGGAGCCUUCGGGUCCCACUGGAGUCUGCCCUCCCUGGUAGAGAUGGAGCCAGUGCGCCAGAAACUGCUACAGCUGCUUCACGCCUACUCACCCAGCGCCCAGGUCAAGCGGCUCCUGCAGGCCUGCAAGCUGCUCUAUGCAGCCCUGAGGACCCACUGGGGAGAGGGCGCGGGGGCCGACGAGUUUCUCCCGCUACUGAGCCUGGCCCUAGCCCAAUGUGACCUUCCCGAGCUGCUGCUGGAGGCCGAGUACAUGUCAGAGCUGCUGGAGCCUACCCUGCUCACCGGAGAGGGGGGCUACUACCUGACCAGCCUCUCAGCCAGCCUGGCCCUGUUGAGUGGCCUGGGUCAGGCCCAGGCCCUCCCCCUGAGUCCCUCACAGGAGCUGCAGCGCUCCCUCAGCCUCUGGGAGCAGCGCUGCCUGCCCGCCACCCACAGCUGCCAGCACCUCCUCCGAGUAGCCUAUCAGGACCCCAGCAGUGGCUGCACCUCCAAGACCUUGGCCAUUCCCCCAGGGGCCUCGAUUGCCACCCUAAACCAGCUCUGUGCCACCAAGUUCCGAGUGACCCAGCCUGACACUUUCGGCCUCUUCCUGUACAAGGAGCAGGGCUACCACCGCCUGCCCCCUGGAGCCCUGGCCCAUGGGCUUCCCACAACCGGCUACCUGGUCUACCGCAAGGCAGACUGGCCUGAGACACCGGGGGCCUCUCCCCAGGCCACAACAGAGAAGGACAGCAGGGAGCCAGAGGCAGAGGGCGGGGAGGAGGAGAAAGGGGGCUGGGGAGAUGGGGACAUCAAGGUCAAAGCCAGCCUCAAGGACAGCAGAGGAGAGCCUGAGACAAUUGCUGAGCGGGACAAGAGCCACGCCAGGGGAUGCCCUGCUCAGCCAGAGGAGCCAGAGGCUGAGGGAAGCCGGGGCACUGAGGAGUAGCUGGAAGUGGCCAGAAGGGUCAUUUGGGCAGAACAUUCUGAGCCUGCGGGGAAGGCCGUUCACAGCCAUCAGCCCACUGACCAAGGCCACGACCCCCUUAGCCUUCCCCACCCCUGGCUGCUCCUGUGGCUGCCGCCACCUCUGUCUGACAUUUAUCUCUAUGACCAUACCUGCUGGGGGGUGCCUGGACUGGCCACAUCCGGGGCAUUAGUGUGAAGUGGAGGGGGCUUGGGGGACACCAGACCAAAGGCCCAAGGCUCUUUGCCUCUCAUCCUUCUCCCCCAGCUGGAGGCCAGCUGCCCUGUGAUGGUGAGCGUGCCCAAACUCUGGCACAGGGGAGGGGCACAGCCUAGGGCAGGGCCACUGCCCAGGUAGCCCCUCCACUGGAGGCUUCAAGGCCCUGAAAGGCUCCACCCACUCCUGGGUGUCUGGAGAAUUCAGGGAGGCAGUAAGGGCUCAGGGCCCAGUCCUGCUCCAUACCGCCUGGAGGGCUAGCACCUCCAAACCUCAGUGCCCUCACCUGUAAAGGGGGGGUGCAGUGCCACGCUGCCUUUUCCCAGAAGCCUUCCAGGGUUGAAAAUGGAAUGUUUUGCUGCAAAGUAGAGCUCAGACUGGGGGAAGGGGAGGGAAGGAGGUGGGAUGUUAGCGUUGCGUCCUCCCCCACCCCCACCCCCACCCCCAAGGGUGGUUCUCUGCACUUGCCAAAGGGCGAUGUCCUCCAGUCAGCCCAGGGGAGAUCCUGAAGGUCAGGUCCAGCCAGAGGAGUGCCCAAGUUCCAGUCUUUCCAAGAUGGGAAGUCCUCCCAGAGGAAUUAAACAGGGAGCCAGGCUUCAAAAAUGGAAACCAUUUUCUCUGCACUUAGCUCUUGUGGAUUUCACAAGAGCUUUAUGGGCGGUCAUGCUUAUUACCCACUGAGGUUCUGGAAAGUGACCCUAAGAUAUCACACAGCCAUUAGGGGUUCCCCCACCCAAACCAGAGCAUCAAAUUCCAACUAGGCCCCUAUUCUAAGCCACUAAUUAACCCCCAAUACCAGCAGAGCAGGCAGCAAAUCUGAGCAAAGAAAAUGCCUGCAACGACCACAAGGGGGUGCGCGUCGCCCAGGAAGCUGCGGAGGGGCGACUCAGAGGGGCAAGGGCGGCUCCAGGGCUCAGCAACAUCGGUCGGUGGUCUCACGGGCUUUGCACUCUCGCUGCCGCUAGGCAACCUUGGGACACAGCAGGGGCUGAGGCUGCUGGCCCUCAGCAACGUUGAAGUCGGGUCUGGGUGAGGCCAGCCUUGCAGGGACCACUCCCUGGACAGAAACUGUCCCUGGUGGAAGGAGGACCCCAGCCAGUCUCCCAGGUGGUCCCCCAGUCGCUGUGCACCAAGGGACAUCAGCCCACAUGUCAGACAGACCUGACACCUGGAAAGUGGAAAUCCUGGACGUUGGGAUUUCAGAUAAACCUAAAGCAGCCCAGGUGCAGGACUCCCAAGUUUCUCACUAGGCCACCGGCAGCGUUCCCCUCCCCACUCCCCUCACCCAGCUUCUCGCUGGGAGGGAGUCUCCCCUUUGCUUUUUUGUAUGUCCUCCCUAACACAGUGCCUUGCACCGUGCUGGGCACUCCACAGGAGCUCAAUAAAUGCUGUCCACUGA